CAGUAACUUUUAUUUUCCUCCCUAUCACUGGUCGCCUGGACAGCCUCCCUCUUCCUGAACAAUCACUCUUUAGAGAGGCGGGGCUCAUAGAGCAUUGCUAAGAGACAAAAAUGCGCGCCAGGACUGUCCAGUAAUAGAGUAGGCGCGAGCGCUGAUGUGGCGGCCGGAUGGACCGAAGGGCCUGAGCCUAUCCAGCUCCCAGAGGUCCAGGCUCCAACAAGCUCCCAGUACCUCAGCCAGGUCCCCUGAGCUGUCUGAGGAGUCCUGGCCUUCCAGUUCAGAGACCUCAUCCCCACCCAGCACUACUGAGGGACAGAUGGAGACUUCAUCACCCACCCUGAUUGACAGUGGGGAGUCUGUGGUGGCAAAGUACAUAAAUAGGUUCCGCCAAGCUCAGCCCACCAGCCGAGAGGAACGACAGCAUGCAGGCCCAACCCCAGCUGAUUUUUGGUGGCUGCAGACUGAGUCCUCAGACCCCAGCAGUCGACUUGCAGCCGGACCCAGUAAACCAGAAGGAAGGCCCAGUCCAGCAGUUCUUGCUCCAGCCAAGGUUGCCAGCACCUCCCAGGCUGUGGCUCCCCUUCAGAAAAUAAAGCAGAGCCUUAACACAUGGAACUCAUCCAUGCUGGAUCUGGAGACACUGAGCCUACAGAGCAGAGCUGCCACACUGCUCAAACGCAGCAAGGCCUCCAUCUCCUCCUCAUCCCUCAGUCCCAGCGAUGCCAGCUGCUCCUCCUUCCCUGUCAGCUCCGAUGGCCUGUCUCCCUUCUCCAUGACCUUCACCCCUGAGUCCAACAAGGACUCCGGGUCCAGAGUAGCUGCUGCCCCAGCGCCAGCUCAGGGCCCCACUUCUACUCCAGCCCCAGCCUCCUCCCCAGCACCCCUUCCGCCAGAGGAUGACAUUUUGUACCAGUGGCGGCAGCGGCGGAAGCUUGAACAGGCUAAGCAGGUCGAGGGUGGUGGAACCUGGGUGUUGUCCCAGACUCCUGCCCUUGCCACUCGGCCCUCUGUUUCUGCAGUGACUCUUGGUUCCCUGGAGACCCAGCCUACCUGUGUCCAACAGUGGGGCAGUGUGGCCCAUCCUAGUCCUCCAGAGGCCUUCUAUGUGGAGAGGUCUCCUGUUGCCCUAGGGACCGCUCCUCAUAUCUUCUGGGCCCCCAGCACCCACCGCUUGUUCUGGGCCCCACAGUCCAGUCCCUGGGUAUCUCUCGGGACUAUUCCUCCACCGCUGGCUUCCACCGAGGUUCCCUCUGCUCCUCCGGCCCCCCCUACCUCUAGCCUGGCUCCCCGCACCCCCACCUCGGCUCCCCUGGCCUCCAACCCAGUUCCCUUGGCCUCCUCCAGCCCAGCUCCUGCCACCACCAAUUCCACAGCCCCAGCCACUCACCACAGCCCACCAACCUCUGAGCCAAGUAGCUCUGCUCAACCAGAGAAGGUGGGCCCCAAGCCUCGGAAGGCCAGAGCUUCGCGUAGGGAUCCUGUGGGUCUAGAGACAGCGGCCAGCAAGGAGCCAGGCACACAGCUCAGGGGAGCCCUGGGCCAGGUGGUGGCAGCGCGGCUGUUCCCAGAAGGCCUGGAGGACACGCCCCCUCGCAGUGAGGGUGGGCCCCCGGGAGUCAAGGCCACGCCCCCUCCCUCGGAAUCUCGGAGUAGGUCUAAGGCUAGUACGCCCCGUGCCAGGGCCACCUCCUCCCUAGAGGAGUCAAGGCUUCCAAAAAGCACUGUCAUUCCCUCAGCAGAAGUUGGGUCCCCACCCGGCAGAAUUCUGCCUUCUCCAGCCGAGAGAGAGUCCUCACUCCCCAAAGCCUCGUCGUCGGCUUUGGAGUCGGGAUCUUUUGAGGUUGCGGCCUUGCCCUCUCCCGAGGCUCACCAUGCCCCAUCCGAGGAGGACCUGUUCUCCCAGGCGGCCGAACUUCUAGAGGCUGCGGAAGAUUCUGAUGGCAGCGAGUUUCAGGACGACCCAGUACUGCAGAUGCUUAGAGCACAGAGGGCGGAGCUUCGGCUGCAGAAAAGGAAAGUCGACACACAAAUAUCUCUCCUGACUGACCACAUGGAAGACCUGAAAUCUUGGUCCCCUCCACCGAGAUCAUCCCCCAGGUCUCUAAGGAGGCGGCUGCGCAGAGAAGGAACAUCGUUUGAGGCCAGACGACUUUGAAUUGUAUAAAUUUGUGAAUUUCAUUGUAUAUACACUUUAUCCCAAAAGAAAAAUAUAUAUCUAGCUAAAGAUAUAUGUGCUAAAAUAUUUAAGGGAUAGCAUAGUACUCUGAAGUUUGUACUGGCGAAUUUGUACAUGUGAAGAUUAGUUAGGUAAGUAGAUAGAUAUGAGAUAAGGCAAGUAUAGUAAAAUGUUGAUAGUAGGGUCUAACUAUGGACAUAUGGAUGUCCACUGUAAAAAUUUUCAAUUUGAUGUAAAAAAACUUACAAAACUUGAAAUAUAUGACCAGAAUUGUCUUGA